CGGCAAUGGCGGCGCUGACGAGAGGCUUUCUUGGGGGCCUCAGAGCUGGGGAAGAAAGGAGGAAGGUUAACAUGUUGAAGUUCCUUCUUGAGCAACUUGGGGAGAAGCUGAGGAUGGAAUUCUACAGAGGAGAGAGGAAAUGGAAGGGGAGUUUUUAUUUCUGGGUUGGCUGAGGGAAAUGGUAACAUUUGCCAUCAUAACUUUUUACCCUUCUCCCACUCCCAGGCCUGGUCAGCUGAGUGGAGAUAGAAGGAUUUCUGCUGCCAUCAUCUUCCAUGGGCUUUUCAGGUCACACGACCUACAAGUAGGGAGCAGGGAAAAAGGAGUGAGCCUGCAUGCCAAUUCUAAGCUCUUCAGGAUCAAAAAUGGCAGCCUGUGGAGGCACCUGCAAGAACAAAGUGACUGUCUCCAAGCCUGUGUGGGACUUCCUGAGCAAGGAGACCCCAGCCCGGCUGGCCCGGCUUCGGGAGGAGCACCGUGUGUCCAUCCUCAUAGAUGGCGAGACUUCUGACAUCUAUGUUCUCCAGCUUUCCCCACAGGGCCCCCCCCCGGCCCCUCCCAAUGGGCUCUACCUAGCCCGGAAGGCUCUCAAGGGGCUGCUAAAAGAGGCAGAGAAAGAGCUGAAGAAAGCUCAGAGGCAGGGGGAGCUGAUGGGUUGCCUGGCUCUGGGGGGUGGAGGGGAGCACCCUGAGAUGCACCGCCCAGGCCCACCCCCUCUCCGAGCAGCCCCACUUCUGCCCCCAGGGGCUCGGGGGCUCCCCCCUCCUCCUCCCCCGCUGCCCCCACCUCUUCCUCCUCGCCUUCGGGAGGAGGCAGAAGAGCAGGAGAGCACCUGCCCCAUCUGUCUGGGGGAGAUCCAGAACGCCAAGACAUUGGAGAAGUGCCGGCAUUCAUUCUGCGAGGGCUGCAUCACCCGGGCUCUGCAGGUGAAAAAAGCCUGCCCCAUGUGUGGCCGCUUCUAUGGGCAGCUGGUGGGCAACCAGCCCCAGAAUGGGCGGAUGCUGGUCUCUAAGGACGCCACCCUCCUACUGCCCAGCUAUGAGAAGUACGGCACCAUCGUCAUCCAGUACGUCUUCCCGCCCGGUGUCCAGGGGGCUGAACACCCAAACCCAGGAGUUCGGUAUCCUGGCACCACACGGGUGGCCUACCUCCCGGACUGCCCUGAGGGCAACAAGGUGCUGACCCUGUUCCGCAAGGCAUUUGACCAGCGUCUCACCUUCACUAUCGGCACGUCCAUGACCACAGGGAGACCGAAUGUCAUCACCUGGAACGACAUCCACCACAAGACCAGCUGCACAGGGGGACCCCAGCUGUUUGGGUACCCGGACCCCACCUACCUGACCCGGGUGCAAGAGGAGCUGAGAGCCAAGGGUAUUACAGAUGACUGAAAGACAUCCCCUUUGCCAAGGCCCCUGCUGUCCACCUCUACUAGGAUCCAGCAGAAGCCUCUGUUCUCCUCUCUGUCCCCUGCCCCCAACACCACACCUGUAGGGGAACUGUCUAAUUGGGAAGGGAGUUCAGAGUGGGAGGGGGGCAAUCCCUUCCCCCGUCCUCCACUGGCCAAGUGUUUCAGUGCAGUGUGAGCCACUCCCUUCUGGCAGAGGCCGACCUCCAAGGCCCUGUUCCCUGCUCCCCAUGUACAUAUACUCCCGGUUUCCCUGCCCCUCCAUUGCCCUUGGCUUUUUCUGGUAUGUGCUGUGCUCCAUGACCAAGCUGAGAAAGGACCUAGGAUGGGGAAGGGAGGGUCUGUUGAUCCCCCACCACCCCCAACUUAAUGCUCCACUGCUGAACUUGGGGUGCAGGGGAGGAGGAAUUGGCCUGAUGUAAGCUCCCUGCCACCCCCCAUGGAGCUGGCUGCCUGUGUUCAUCAGAUUCUCCCUCAACCUUGUCCUUUCUCGCCUGUGUCUCAGUCUCUGUCAGUCUCUUUCUCCGCUCUUCUCUGACCCCUUUGAGGAACCUCCUUACCCUGUUCUGGAAUCGCUGCCAGACUGUAGCUUUUAAUUUAAUAAAAAUAAAGUAAAAUAUGCAACUCUU